CGUUCGCUUCCCUUAUAAUUUAGGAGACAUCUGAAAGAAAUCGCGCUGUCGCCAGCGCAGCAGUGCCUGCGACCCGACUUACCUUGGGCGCAGCUGCGCUGAACAGAUGAGAGCAUCUCUUUUAUCUCCACGUACGCAGCGCAAUGUAAGCUAGCUUCAAAAUGGUAUUGUGUGUAGCAGGAGAGCAGGGGCACUGCACUGGCAGACUUUGAAUUGUUUUUGCGUAGCCUGCUGAUUUUACAAGCAUUUGUGUUCCAAAGAAAAAUCUUGUGCAGUCGUGGAAAACUGUUGGCUCUGGAACCGAACACUGCAUCUCGUCUGUUCUACCAGGGGACUUAAACAUCUUGCAUGGAAAUAACAAUUACUUUCACAAGAAACUGGACGGUCGCUUGACAGCUGUAACAUGUGUUCUUCAUAAUUCAUUGUUAAUCGAACAGAGGUAUGGCUUUUUUCAAUUACACAAUAGAACAGAAAUAUUCACUUGCAGGGUUUUUUAUUUUAUUUUCCAUGUCCCCCUGUUGUUUGUCACCUAGCCUAUUUUGCCUGUGACUUUGAAACGUCGCCAAUGACCAUAUUGGCGACUAGACAGGUUAGCUGCGACGUAGCCUAGUUAAAAAGAUAACGUCACACGUGCAUCUUAUAUAGUAUUUCUGGUGAAACUUGUUCGACUGAAAAAACAAUAUUACAAUUAUUGUCACCAGAGGUUCAUAAUGCUUUUUAUAAGUACGUGCGCUGUUUCUUAUGAUUUUCGUUUGUUAACGAUAGAUUAAAACAGACAGAUAUAGCCUACUUACAGUAGUAAUGACUUUCAUAGUGGUCAUUACAGUAAAGUAAAAAUAGGCUACACACAGGGCAUCAUGUUUUCAUGCAAUACCAGUGCUAUAAAAGAUUGGAGCUAUUUCCUGUCACAGAUCUUACCGCUCGUAAAUAAAACCGCAGGUGUUGUUCAGCAAAGCAUCGAAAAUGUAGAGGUUACUACAAGUUCAAUGGUGACUGCCUUGGAACCUGACCUCAGUAGUAUGAGCGCGAGCAAGCCACCCUUGAACUCGAACCACACUUCGGGACUGGAACACCUUUUUCAGUACUACUCCGAAAAUGACCUUCCUUACACGGACUAUAAAUCACCGCCCAGGGAUUCAAUUCCUCUCCCCAAAGCUGUUCUGUACCUGGUCAUGGCAGCGUUGGUGGUGGUCGCAGUGGCAUACGCAAUUGUUGGACAUCUGGUCAAGGAUCUCGUCCAUGACUUCCUUGACUGGGUGUUUGGUCCUCGUCCCACCAACAACAGCAGUAAAAGCGACAUAAACUGUAUCACCAGCAGCCUGAAUCAAAUAAGCGAGAUGAGCGAGCGACCGAGUUUAGUGGAAAUGGCCUACAUUUCCCAUAAUCACAAUAGCUGCCUGGAGGUCGCCAAACACGAAGAGCUCGUUCUUACCAUAGAUGAAACGUCACAACUACCUCAAGAACCUUACAGCGGCACUUAAACGUUUGUUUAGCUAUACAGUGUUUUUGGGGACAAGAAGCCAGGUUACUUGUGUUUCUUUUACCAGUGCACCGGCCCAGUAAGUUAUGAUUGAAUUCAGCAUGCGGUGUCAUUGCUCAUAGCGGCACUGCAUAUGGAGGUCUUUCAUUCAGCUGGUGUUUGAAUGCUUGGGAAAUAGGACGUGGUAACUCGGUGAUCAAAUGGGGCACUGAUUUGCAUGGAUGUCUAGACAUAUUCGAGGACUGGAUUUGCACCCAACUUUUCAGAAGGGAUUCUGAAGAUAUGCACACUCGUGUGAUGUGACAGCACUGCAUUGUCUGGAUUUGUGUUGACAUUAUUCAGAGUUCAUUAUUCAAGAAUUUUUUAUGCGAUUGCUCGUAUUGCACAUCUUUAAAUGUUAACAAAGUAUUAAAUGAGUCAUUACAUAAUUCACUCUGACACAGCCAUACGAAGCUUUGGCAUAUUACAUACACUAAAGACUGACAGUUUAUGGUAAUAUUUUAUUCACUUUGAUGUUUUUCCAUAAGAUCCAUUUGAUUAACAUUAAAGCAUCAAUGAUGUUACAGUUCAUAUUUGGAACUACGACAAUGUACUUUAAAAUACCGAAGUCCAAAUACUUUUAAAAUUCACAUUAUCCACCACAAGGUGGAGUAUUGCACAAAAAAUGAACUCUCAAAUAUAAAGAAAAUAAUUAAAAGUGCGAAUUUCAUUGCUUCCUCAGAUGAAGAUGCCUCGUGCAGUAUAUAAUUUAACCAGUAAUAUAAAUAUUUAAUUGUAUUCUCCAGCACUUUAAAAGCAUACAGGUAUCUUUUUCCUGUUUUUUACAACUUUGGUAUAUUAUAAUUAUUAAUACGAUCACAUUGAUAAUGGCAUUGCAAAAAAACAGAUUGGCAGCUUUAAAGUUUUUGUAAGUAACUUAAAUUUUUUGUUAACUUAAUUGAGUAAGUUUCUGGUAUCUGGCUAUUAUUAUUAUUAUUAUUAUUAUUAUUAUUAUUAUUCCUCAUUCAGUAGUUUAGGUUCUUUACUAACAUGUUACAUUCACAGAAAAUCCACCUGCUCAUGCUACAGUGUAUGCCAUCAUGCUUUUUCCCUGGUUUCGCCAUUCACCUUGGUUUUUUCAGUUGUCAAAAUGAUCUGAUCUGUUCUGUCAACAAUGCUCAUUCAGAAAUCACAAAUUAAUGUGUGCUGUUGGUUAUUUUCUCUAGAAAUGGCAGAAACAGAAGCAUAAUUAUAGUAAGAAAGAGCGGCUCUUGAAAAGAAGAUAUAAAAACCAAAAAACAGAUGUUUCAAGGUUAUGUUGAAAUAUAAGAUUUUUGAGGAAAAGUUAAAGUGAUAUAUAUUUUUACUCCUAUAUAAGGGCUUUUGGCUGUCAUCUAGGUGAGAAUUAUUUCAAUUUGCAUUGGAAAAGGUGAGAUUCACUGGGAUUUGACCUGAGCGCAAUCACAUGAUUUCCCAUGCUCUAUGUACAGUACUGGACAGCUGGAUCUCUCGUGAUGAGUAUGUGGUGACAGCAUGGGGCAGAGUGACAUUAUGCUUAACACUGAUCCCAUCUCGGCAAACUGUACCAUUCCUGUGAUCUUUGUGCUUGUAACUUGUGUAUUUCAGUGUCAACACAUUACAGACAAAAAUUUUAAAAAUAGUUGUUUCCAUUCUUUUCUUGAUUUUCUACUUGGUAUUUCUUCUAAUUUGUUUGAUUCUGUUUUGUACUUACGAUUCAUGUGCCACAAUUGCUGUACAUACUUUUCUGUUCAAAAGCAACUUUGUGAUGUCAAAUACAUGGGGAUAUUUUGGGUAUUUUAAAGACAAGUAAAU